GAGCACAAAGCCUCAGUUUUAUAGGCUGUUAUAAUGAAAACGUACACGUUUUUCGUCGCCUAUUUGAUUGCAUUUGUGAAAUGUAGAGACGAGGACAAAAUUUCCAAAGCCUGUUUCUGGCCCAACGAGGUAUACGAGCCAUGCUUCGGCGGCUGCGCGGAGAUCUCGUGCGACAACCCGCACAAUCACCUGCGGCCCUGCUACCCGUACUGCGAGCCCGGCUGCGUCUGCGAGGAGCCUUAUGUGCGCGACGAUCGCACGCACCAAUGCGUCUUACCUCAAGAUUGUUCCCCAUAAUAUAGUUACAAACGCGAACAGACCAAAUCCCUACGAUUACGGCGACCCCGAUGAAAUCAAAAGGCAUUCUUUUGUGGACGAGAGGCGAAAUUGGAGAAAGAAGGCUUUAUUAAAACCGUUCGACCAGGACCACAAAGACUGGGAUGACAGGAGAUAUGAUCGCGACAUUCCGGUAUAUUCGGACGAUCCAGAGCCGAGACAUUUCGGAGGGUUGGAGGGACAGCGCGAGAUGGAUCCCUCCGCGGCCGUGUAUAGAGGACAGGGGCAUUACGAGGACGAGGACAAAAUGAAUAUGCUUCAUAAAGCGAGGAGCGCUGAGGUCAGACACGUGCCAUCCUUUCCAGAGAAAGAGUUGGAAAAGAAAACUGCUUUUACAAUGACCUGCGAAAGGCAAAAUGAAAGAUACGAGCCAUGCUUCGCCGGUUGCGCCGCGGUGACGUGUGACAACCCUCGCGAGAGGCUGCGUCCCUGCUACCCUUUCUGCGAGCCGGGGUGCAUCUGCACCCAGCCGUACGUGCGGGACGACCGCACCCACAAGUGUGUGCUACCCGAUGAUUGCACUAAAGGCCUCAAAGGAAUUCCUGACCUCGGCGAAGACUCUUAGAAAACGAACAAAUAUCAUCGCUACACACAAUAGAGGCAGCCCUACGUUCUUCUGACAUUGAAUAUCAUAUUCCCUUCAAUGAUAUUCUAUACGAUUUGUAUCUACUAAAGAUCUAGUUUCUUGUUGUAAUGUAGUUCAAUUUAAGAUAAUAUUAUCAUAUGUAAUUUUGAGGUACAAAUUAUUUCUUAUUUAUAUUUUUACAAUUAAAUUAUAUACUAUUU